UUUUCUGUCCUGCGGGCGGUGCACGGAGAAUUUCUCUGCGCAGAAUUAUCCAAGCGGGCCUAAAAAGACGCACCUCCGAGUCUCCGGCGAAGCAGUAAUCUUGUAUCGUAACGACUCCGACCUCAAUCGUAAAGCCACUCCCUCUCUGAAGACCACAGUAAACCCUCUACCACCGCGAGCUCAUGGGAUGGCGCCGCUUUGCCACCGCCAAGCUUGCCUCCCUCCUCUCCCGAAACCCUAAUCUUGACCCUAGCAUCUUCUCCGGCGCCGCCUCUGCCGCCCCCUCCGCUCCCUCUGCCGCUGACGUCCUCCCCUUUCUUGGCUGCCGGCAGCGGAAGAAGCUCCGGAAGAAGCUGCAGAGCCCCCGCGUACGGUCCAUCCAGCCCGACGCCGGCCGCCGCCUCCUCCACUUCGAGGCCAUCGUCCACAGCGAUGCCCAACUCCGCUUCAUCACCCGCACCAAAUCCUUCCUCGCCGGCCUCCCCGGCCAUCGCCUCCCACUCGCCGACGCCGGCAAGCUCCACCGCGAGCUCGGCUUCCCUCGCGGCCGCAAGGUCUCCCACUUCGCAGCCUGCCACCCCCUCCUCCUCCACCUACCCCGCCUCCCCCCCGACUCCAAGCCCUACCUCGCCUUCACCCCCCUCAUGGAUUCCCUCCUCGAAGAGGAGCGCGCCCUCAUGGACGCCAUGGAGCCCCAGCGCGUCACAACUGUCCGCAAGCUUCUCAUGAUCUCUGCCGGCCGCCGGAUUCCCCUCGCCAAGCUUCACCAUUGCCGCCUCCUAUUUGGCCUCCCCGACGACUUCCGUGACCAGGUCCGCAAGUACCCGGACUUCUUCCGCAUAGCCGUCGACCCCGACGGCCGCCAUGUGCUCGAGCUCGUGGAGUGGGAUCCGGCGCUUGCCGUCAGUGCCCUGGAGCGCGACUUUGUCCCCGAUGAGGCCCGGGUUCGGAGAACCUUCAAAUUUACAAUUCCACAUGGAAAGUCCUUACCUCUGGAGGAGGAUGACGAGAGAAGGUUGAACUCUCUGACUACUCUCCCCUUGGUGUCCCCCUAUUCUAACGGGUUGGAGCUGAAACCAUGGUCGCUGGAGGCAGAGAAGUACCGGGUAGGCGUGAUUCAUGAAUUCCUGAGCUUGACAUUGGAGAAGAGGGCUUGGAUUCACCACAUUGUGGAGUUCAAGGAAGAGUUCAACCUCACGAAGCAUACGUACCAGAUGCUUUUGAAGCAGCCCCGGGCAUUUUAUCUUGCGGGCACUGCAAUGAAUUGGGCUGUUUUCUUGAAGGAUGCUUAUAAGGAUGAUGGGAGUUUGAUCGAGAAGGACCCGCAGGUGGUGUUCAACGAGACGUUUCUCAGAUAUGCAUGCAUGACAGAAUCUGAAAGAGGCGAGGCAAUUGUUGAAAAAAGGAUUAAUGGCUGAUAUUGCCUAUUUUAUAUGUUAAUAUAGAUUGAUUUGAGAAGUGGAGCAUCAUUGGCAAUGAAGGCAGCAAGGCAGGCUGGGUUGAUUUGGUCGCUGCUGGAACUGGCAACUUGUAUGAGAUUGGGGCUUUGAGGCAACUUCCUCCAUUUUAGGGGUAUUUGAGUAAUUCAUUACAGGCUAUUGACUGAGUAUGGCAAAAGUGUUGGUGCUUGCCCUUUGAGCUGUGUGUCUUGUUUUUUCUGCUUGUCACCUUCUCUGGUCCUGCGCUUUUUCAUAGCUCUCGAACCCUUGUUUGCCUGUUGCCAGCCUCUGAUAAUCCCACCUGCUGUCCUCAGAGAGUGGUUCUGCAAUGCUGCUAGCUGCCACCUUCCAUGCCCUCAUUUUUUUUUCUUUGAUGGGCUGUUUGUUUGGGUAAACGAGCUGUGGGACAUCAGAGAUAGCUUUCUGCAACUGAUUGACCCCAUCUUUGCUCUGCAUUGGAUUGCCAGACAUGUCGAGGUCCAAUGGAGAGUUGUGGCCAAUGAGCUGGAAGAUGGCCCUGCCUGUGGUUAAAUUAUUAAAGCGAGGGUCAAGAACUGAAAUAUUUUGAAGCUUAUGAAGCUUCUGUAGACUGCUGAUUUUAUUUCCGGCAAGAUAUAGCUGUCAGAUGAGAAACUAGUUUGACAGUCCUGAAGAAGUCAUAGGGCGGGUGUCUUUUUAGUUCAGUUAUUGAUGAUUCGUUUUUAAAUCUCUGUCAAAGAAAGCACUUGGCUUGAAGAUUAUGUGCAUCAAAGAAAUUAAGAAGGCAGCAAAGUUUACUAUA